AUUACUUAGAUCAGGUUCCGGGUCUGUCCUUGUGACGUGAGUAGUCAUUUUUGUAAAAUCCGAAAAUCCUCUUUGUCGAAGUUGCUGGUCCGAGUCGAUUCUGGUGGAGUGAAGCAUUCGCAAGUAGAAAAAGAUGUCGACGGUAUACGUGUUAGAACCGCCGACGAAAGGGAAGGUGGUGCUGAACACAACCCAUGGUCCGCUCGACAUUGAGCUAUGGCCCAAGGAAGCACCCAAGGCUGUCAGGAACUUCGUGCAGCUCUGCCUUGAUGGUUAUUACGUUAACACCAGCUUUCAUCGUAUCAUCAAGGACUUCCUUAUACAAGGUGGCGAUCCCACUGGCAGCGGCACAGGGGGUGAGAGUAUUUAUGGGGGUGUCUUCUCUGAUGAAUUUCAUUCACGUCUAAGAUUUAAACAUAGAGGAUUGGUUGCGAUGGCAAAUGCGGGGUCACCACACUCCAAUGGGAGUCAGUUUUUCAUAACUCUGGAUCGUUGCGAUUGGCUUGAUCGGAAGCAUACAAUUUUUGGAAAGGUGACGGGAGAUACAUUAUACAAUCUUUUGAGAUUGGGCGAACUUGAAACUGAUAAGAAUGAUCGCCCUCUGGAUCCCCCGAAAAUAUUAUCAGUUGAGGUAUUAUGGAACCCAUUCGAUGAUAUUGUUCCAAGAACAAUUCAGCCUCAGAUCCAAGCUAGUACUGAUAUGGAAAGUAAAGAUUCAAAGAAAAAAGCUGUAAAAAAACUGAACUUACUUUCAUUUGGAGAAGAAGCUGAAGAAGAGGAAAAGGAGCUGGCAUCUGUAAAACAAAAGAUUAAGAGCAGUCAUGAUGUAUUGAAUGAUCCUCGUCUUCUGAAGGAACCAAUUCCUAAUAAUGAACUGGGCUCAUCAGGUGGCAAGUCGAUGAGAGAUUUGCAGUUAUCUGUAAGGGAUGCAUUGAGCUCAAAGAAAGAAGAGUCUCAGAAAAAAUCAGAAGCCAACCUUGAUGACAUUGAUGAUGAUGAUGAUGAUGAUGAUGAUGAUGAUGAUGAUGAUGAGGCGGACUUUGAUGCCAGAAUGCGGAGUCAAAUACUUAAAAAGCGCCAAGAGUUAGGGGAUUUACCACCCAAGCCAAAGUUGCAAAACGGAAGCUCAAGUCCAAAGAACCCCAAUUCAUCAGCGAUCAGGUCCAAUGCUGUAAGUGUUGAUGAUGAUCAACCUAGGGUGGAAAAAUUGUCCAUGAAGAAAAAGGGAAUAGGAUCUGAAGCAAGAGCUGAACGAAUGGCAAAUGCAGAUGUAGAUUUGCAGCUGUUCAAUGAAUCUGAGAAAAAUAGACAGUUGCGGAAGCAGAAGAAACGCAGAGUUCAAGGACGUGAAGAUGAGGUUCUAGCAAAACUAGAGAAAUUUAAGACGGCUCUAUCGGAAAAGACCACACCCUCAGCCUCAACCGAUGGUCCAGUAGUUGUAAAUGAAGAGGAUGUGUCGGACUGGAAAGGAGGUGGCUUAAAAUUUGCGCCUGAGUCUGGCAAGGAUCGGAUGUCACGCAACGAUGACCCCAACGACUAUGUUGUGGUUGACCCCCUUUUGGAGAAGGGUAAAGAGAAGUUCAAUAGGAUGCAAGCUAAACAAAAGAAGCGAGAGCGAGAGUGGGCUGGAAAAUCCCUUACUUGAUCUUGUACCCACCCACAUGGCUGUAUCAUAUCAUAUCCCAGCAGCGUUGGAUGCGUCUUCUAUAAGUUCUGGGAGAUUGGGUCAAGAGGUAGCAGUCUUCGCACAAUAGUUGAGAAAGGCGAAGGAGCCAUCGGGGUUAGUGCGAGGUGUGGACUUAGAAAAGCCAAUGUGUACAGCAUCUUAUUAAAUGUCUGUAAUAACUGCUUAUAAGACUAACGGUUGCAUUUUUUUAGCAUUUAUGCCGAAUGGCCUAUGUGCUGUGGUGGGUAUUGGGUAAGAUCUGCUACAACUUGCAGUUGUUAAUCACGAUGGAAUGCCCCCAACAACUAAACUGACGUGAGUUA